AUGGAGCUGGAGCGCAGUGAGAACGUGAUUGUUGUCACGCACCAGGCACUGCUGCACUGCAUUUACGCCUACUUCCCGAAUUUCACCCCGCGCGCUUACUGCAUCGAGGAGCAGCGCUUUAAGGCUGACAUCCCGGCUGUCUCGACCUGGCGAGGCAAGGGUAGCUCAGCCAAGCACGGGGACUCCCCGGCGGAUAAGCAGUAG